AUGGAUUUGAAAGGGUGGAUUUCAAAAAAAAACUCUAACGUGUUAUAUGAGAAAAUAAAAUAUGAAUUUUCAAAUGUAAAAUAUUCAGUAGACCAUGGUAGGUUAGAAAUAUUACACGGCAUAAAAGGUAUAUUGCUACCAAAAACGAUUACAGUUAUAAUGGGUCCAAGUGGGAGUGGAAAAACAACAUUGUUGAAUAUAUUAUCUAUGAAGGUAACAGAAGGUGUAGAAGGAGAGUUUUUAAUAAAUGAUAUGAGUAGAAUGAAAAAUAUAAAAAGACAUAUGGGUUAUGUAUUACAAGAUGAUUAUUUUUUUUCAAGAUUAACUGUAUAUGAAACUAUUGAAUUUACAGCCAAAUUAAAAUUAGAUAUUAGGGAUAAAAAAAAAUUAAAUGAAUUAGUUCAUUCAGUUUUAGAUAUUAUGAGUUUAACACAUGUAAAAGAUACUAUAGUAGGUGAUGCAUUUAUUAGAGGUAUAAGCGGUGGUCAAAGAAAGAGAUUAUCUAUAGCAAAUGAAAUAUUAUCUAAUCCACCUUUAUUAUUAAUGGAUGAACCUACAAGUGGUUUAGAUUCAUCGUCUGCAUUAUCAUUAGUUGAAUGUAUUCAAAGAAUAGCUCAAACAUCUAAUACAACAAUCAUUUCUUCUUUACAUCAACCAAGUAGUCAAGUGUUUUCAAAAUUUGAUCGAUUAAUUGCUAUUACUAAUGGAUAUAUUAUAUAUCAUGGGAAAACUACAGAUUUAAAUAAAUAUUUAAAAAAGGUAGGAUUUAUAUGCCCUUAUGGAUGGAAUGUAGCAGAUUAUUUAAUGGAUAUAUUGUCUAAUAAAAAAUUUGAAGCAAUAUUAAUAGAUAAUUAUAAUAAAUAUUUACAUUUUGAUAGUGAUGUUGGCUAUUAUAUGAAUGUGAAAGCUAUCGAUAGUAAAAUUAUUCAUGAUGAUUAUGAUAGUAUUAUUGAAAAAACAAACGAAAGUAUAAGUAAAAAUUCACAAACUAAUAAUAAAUCAUCAACAAAUUUAUCCUCAAUAAAUAAAUCACCUAUAUUAUCUACACAAGAAAAUAAAACAAGAGAACAUGAUAUUCUUAAAUUUCAAGCUGUAGAAUUAUUAAUUUCAUUACAAGAAAAUAAAACACCCUAUAUCAGACAAAAUUUUUUCUUAUUAAUCAGAGGUCUAAAAAAAAUCAUAACAGAUGAAAUUACUAUAAUCAGAGUUAUAGAUCUAGUAGUUAUAUUAACACUAUUUGGUGUUUUAUGGUUACAUACAUUUAAAGAAGAAACAGAAGAAAGUAUAAUAGAUACUAUAGGAGCUAUCUUUUUUAUACUUUCCUAUUGGACUUUUUAUCCAGCUUAUCUAUCUUUAUAUUCAUUCCCAUCAGAAAGAGAAGUAAUAGCAAAAGAACGUAAUAUGAAAACAUUCCAAGUUAGUAAUUAUUUUCUUUCUAAACUAUUUGCUGAAUUUAUUUAUCUUUUUAUGUUUAUCGCAUUCUGGAUAUUAGUUACUCAUCUUAUUUUAUAUGGAACCUUAAAAAUUGGGAUUUAUCUAAGCUAUGCUUUUAUCACUCUAUUAAAUGCUUUAAUUAGUAGUUCAUUAGGAUAUUUCAUAUCAACAUUAUUUGAAAACUUUAAUCAAGCAGUUAGCUUUCUAUCUGUAGUCCUAUUAACUAUGACAUUAACAAAUGGAUUCUAUGUAGAAAUAAGUAAACUAGAUGUACCAUUCAGAUAUCUACAAUGGUUAUCUUAUCAAACAUAUUCUGCUUCUGUAUUAGCAAAAAUUAAAUUUGAUGAUACACUUAUAAAAUGUUCUCCUGAUAAUAAUUCUCUACCCUGUAAAAAUAAUGGUUUCUUCCCAGGAGAAAUUAUAGUACAAAAAAGAUUUGCUACCUUGCAUAUUUCCAUUUCAAUUCUUAUUUUAAUCUGUUUCUAUUUCGUUAUAAAAAUAUUUACUUACGUCUCUUUAAGAUGGUCCCAAGCCUUAAAAAUGAAAUGA